GUUCAGACUUUGGCUCUGUUUUCCAUCCGGUCAGAUCUCACCCUCCUUUUGUUUUCUCCAAGCUUUUAUUUGGUUCAAUCCGUACGGUUAGCUUGCCCAGGAGCUCCUUCCCGAGCUGAUCUAUUUGGCUGAUCUGAGUCGCAGCCAUGGACGAGGAGUUCGAGUUCGCUGACAAGGUCCCUCCCGCCUUCGAUCGCAUGGAAAAUGUGAUCAAGGAUGCCGGAGCCAAAGGGUUUAACCCAGGAUUGAUUGUGCUGCUUGUUGUUGUUGGGCUAUUGUCGAUAUUCCUUAUUGGAAAUUAUGUACUUUACCUGUAUGCACAAAAAACCAUUCCUCCAAGGAAAAAGAAGCCUGUCUCCAAGAAGAAGAUGAAGAGGGAGAGACUGAAGCAAGGUGUCUCUGCACCUGGAGAGUAGAAACUUAAGAUGUGCUUUCUCUUGUUCUUCUGAAUGUUGAACUCUUGUUAUGAGAAAUUUUCCUACCUCUGGUGUUGAGAGAGAGAGAGAAUGUUAUGAUACUUUCUUUAAUUUCCCUUGGUACUGGAUCGAAAUUUAACUUUAUAAUUAGAAGUUUACCUUACGUUUGGGUAGACCAAGAAUUAAGAAUGCUUUCUUUGUUUUCCA